AUGGCAUCUUUUGUGACAGCUUGUCGUCUGUCAGCCAGGCUUACAUCCAGGCAGUUGCGACAAGAUGCCGCUGCUCGAGGUUUCCGGACCUCUGCAGCGUGCCUGGCUGCUCAGAACUUCACUAUGCCGGCAUUAUCUCCUACUAUGACCGAAGGCAACAUUGCAAACUGGAAACUCAAGGAGGGCGAUUCAUUUUCGGCCGGUGACGUGCUGUUGGAAAUUGAGACGGACAAGGCAUCAAUGGAUGUGGAAGCUCAAGACGAUGGUAUUCUCGCAAAGAUCACUGUAGGGGACGGGGCCAAGGGAAUCAAGGUCGGAGCUCGGAUUGGAGUUCUAGCUGAGGCGGGAGACGAUAUCAGCAGUUUGGAAAUACCCGCAGAAGAAAGCUCUCCAGCGCCAAAGGAAGAAGCAUCCAAGCCAAAGCCUGAGAAAGCGUCCGAGUCGAAGUCAGAAGCUGUACCCAAGACCUCUUCCGCAGAUUUAUCCCCGGCGAAGUCCUCUAAACCAGCGGAGAAACAGACCCGUCCACUCCUACCAUCCGUCUCACACUUGAUCCACGAACAAGGUCUUGAGCAGGCAGAUGUAGAUAAGAUGACUCCCACUGGUCCUAACAACCGAUUGCUGAAGGGCGAUGUCCUUGCAUACCUGGGCUCAAUUUCCUCCUCGUACCCCACUGAGCUCUCAACCAAAAUCCAAAAGCUCUCUCACCUCGAUCUUAGCAACAUCAAACUUGCCCCACCACCCGCGGCGCCAAAACCAGCGCAGGAAUCUGCACCUACCUCCCCACCUGUCGUCGAAGAGCUUGAAGUCGCAGUCCCUAUAUCCAUGUCCUCCGUCGUUGAAGUGCAGCAACGGAUACAGAAGACACUUGGAAUAUUCCUGCCGCUCUCAACGUUUAUUGCUCGUGCUACAGAUGUUGCGAAUGACGAUCUACCGCAAUCGAAGACACACAAGCCUUCAGCAGACGAGCUCUUCAACCAAGUGCUUGGACUGGAUAAAGUCUCUUCGCUCGGUGUAAGGGGUACAUUCUUACCGCAAAUUAUGGCAUUUCCCCAAGCUGCCCCUGCGACCAAGCCAAGAAAGCCUGCAGCAAAGAGCGUUGAUAUAAUUGACAUCCUCUCUGGCACGGCAAAGCCAUCUAAACUUGCUUCUAAGCCUGCACCGGGCAUGUCGACCUCGGUCAAUGUCUUCAGUGUUACGGUGCCGAAGGGCGACAAGAAGAGAGCGCAGAUCUUCUUGGACAGAGUAAAGACUGUUCUGGAAGGAGAGCCCGGGAGACUCGUCUUGUGA